CAGUCGCCGUUGACCUCCUUAAAAGAACGCAGGAGAUGCUGGCCUGCUCAAAUCUACGGCUUCACAAGAUCACCUCGAACAGUGAGGAAGUCAUGAAAGCCUUCCCUACAGAAGACCACGCUAGUGGGCUAAGAGACUUGAACCUAGGUCAGGACACAUUGCCAGUUCAACGCACGCUUGGCGUUACCUGGGACCUCAAGAGCGACACGUUCACCUUCCAGGUUUCGGGUGAUAAAAAACCAUUCACUCGCCGUGGAGUGUUGUCCACCAUAAAUGGUUUGUACGACCCACUUGGAUUUGCUGCCCCAGUUGUCAUUCGAGGCAAGGCUUUGCUUAGAGACCUUACAGCAGACACCCGAGACUGGGACGCGCCCUUACCUAGCGACAAACAGGUGCUGUGGGACCAGUGGAGAGAUUCUUUGCAAGGGCUUCAAGCUCUGAAAAUCCCAAGGCCUUAUACCCAGACCUCCCCCUCUGCAGCCUUACACCGAGAACUCUGUGUUUUCUCAGACGCGUCCAUCUUAGCUAUAGGGGCAGUAGCCUAUCUAAGAGUUACGGACCAAGGUGGGGGCCUCCACGUAGGCUUCAUUCUCGGCAAAGCUAAACUUGCCCCACGUCCAGAUUUAACUAUUCCCCGCCUCGAGCUUUGCGCUGCCGUCUUAGCUGUGGACAUAGCAGAGACCAUCAAGGCAGAGAUGGACAUCCCUGUUGAUAAGGUGACCUUCUUCACAGACAGUAAAAUUGUCCUCGGAUACAUCAACAAUGAAAAACGUAGGUUCUAUGUGUUUGUGAACAACAGAGUCCAGAGAAUCAGAAGAAGUUCAGAGCCUCAACAAUGGCGUUACGUGGCUAGCAACCAGAACCCAGCCGACCUAGCAACAAGGUCUGUGCCUGCCGCUCGCCUCAAAGACACCACGUGGCUCACAGGGCCCUCAUUCUUAACACGCUCAGAGCAGUCAACUUACAGUGCAGACAACUUCGACCUAGUGAACCCAGAUGAGGAUGCAGAUGUGCGCCCCGAAGUUACUGCACUCAGCACCACUGCCGAGGAGCACCACCUCGACACACAGCGCUUUGAGCGCUUUUCCACCUUAAAGGCCCUGUUUCGAAGUGUGGCGAGCCUCAUACACAUUGCUAGCUCAUUCAAAAGAGACCCACUCAAAGAGCCGGGGGACUGUAAAGGCUGGCACUAUUGCGCUGAAUCCCAUAACACAGACAACCUCUCAAAGGCCAAGAAUGUUAUCAUCAAAGCUGUACAGGAAGAGGCCUAUCAAGAAGAACUUCAGUGCAUCAGAAACAAGAAAAACAUUCCAAAAGACAGCCCUUUACUUACCUUGAAUCCUGUGAUGGGAGAAGACGGGAUCUUGAGAGUUGGAGGCCGCAUUUCCCAGGCAAACAUCAGUCCGGGAGAAAAGAAUCCCAUCAUAAUCCCUGGGAGACACCACCUGGCCGUCCUUAUCGUGAGACAUUAUCAUGAACAGUGUCAACAUCAAGGACGUCAUCUGACUGAAGGUGCUGUGCGUGUAGCGGGCUACUGGAUUGUAGGAGCCAAAAGAUGUGUGAGCUCGCUCAUCUUCAAGUGUGUGACAUGUAGGAGGCUCAGAGGAAAAUGUGAAGUGCAGAAAAUGGCGGACUUGCCUUCAGACAGAGUCAGUAUGGAGCCACCCUUUACAUAUGUGGGGGUUGAUGUGUUUGGCCCCUGGACUGUCUCUACCCGACGCACUAGAGGUGGCCAUGCCAACGACAAGAGGUGGGCAGUACUAUUCACCUGCCUAAGCGUUAGAGCGAUCCACAUAGAAAUAAUAGAAAGCAUGGACACCUCCUCUUUCAUAAACGCUGUGAGACGCUUCAUUGCCAUUCGUGGCCCAGUGAAACAGAUGCGUUCCGAUCGCGGAACAAACUUUGUUGGAGCAUGCAAAGAACUGAACAUCUCCUCCAACUUGGAUGAGAGCAAAGUAUCCCAGUUUCUCGCAGACCAAGGAUGCAAGUGGACCUUUAAUCCACCCCACGCCUCACACAUGGGCGGAGCAUGGGAACGGAUGAUAGGAGUCACCCGCAGCAUCUUGGACUCUAUGAUGCUUCAAAUAGGCCCCUCCAGAAUAACCCAUGAAGUUCUUGCUACGUUCAUGGCUGAGGCCUCUGCCAUUGUGAACUCAAGGCCCCUAAUACCCGUCUCCACUGAUCCGGAUGACCCCUCAGUUCUGGCACCCACCUCGCUGCUGACGCAGAAGCUCGGUCCGACCCCUGUCCCUUCAGGUGAAUUUCGGGGCAAAGACCUCUUCAGACGUCAAUGGAAGCAGGUGCAGAGUUUAGCGAGCACCUUCUGGGACAGAUGGCGGAAACAAUACCUGUCUACCCUCCAGCCGAGGAGGAAGUGGCAGGCCGACAAGCAGAACAUCACAGUGGGGACUGUGGUCCUCAUGAAAGACUGUCAAUCCAAGCGAAAUGACUGGCCACUUGCACGCAUCACCAAGGUGUUUCCAAGUGAAGACGGAAGGGUCCGCAAGGUGGAAGUGAAGGUCGCUGACAAAGAAGGGGUGAAACUGUUCCUACGCCCUAUAACCCAAGUCAUUACACUCCUUCCCUCUGAAUAGCUUCAGAACUGUGUUAUUUGUUAUGUUAACUGUUAUAUAGUGGUAUCCUAGGGACACCAGACGGGGAGUGUUCUGUCUCUCUAGCACUGUAACGUGUUCUGUCGCUUUAAGAGCGAUAUGUUUACUGAUGACAUCAGUAUCUUAGCAACAACAUUAGGAAGUCAAAUCAGAGAAGUUCAUGUGAGAAAAUAAUCUGCUGACACAUCAAACUUAAUCCUUCACAUUCCUUGUCUUUGGAUGUACUGUCGUUUUACCCAACUUCACUCAUCAUUAAACGAAGUUCAAGAAAUCUUCAGCGUGGUGAUUGGAGGAGGAGUUAUCUGUCUGCCAGCUUAUGCAGGGCGUG